AUGGCAUCUUCAGCAAGCCCAUCAUCAGCACAGCCUGUGGAAAGGGAGCUGCAAGCCGCCAUUGCAGAGAUUCCAGCCUCUGCAAGCUCGCUGCUAGCUGCCGCGCAGGAGUCGGCGCGUGCCCAGGCAGCGCUUAAGGCAACACAGGAUGACAGCGCCAGAACAGCUGCCAAGACUGUGCUCGCCGUGGCAGCACAGCCCGCUCAGGACAGCGAGGUGGCCGAUGCUGCCAGGGCACCAGCAGGGGAGGCAGGCACUCAGCUGGAGGCUCUGCCAGUCCUCGAAGCCAAGGAGAUUGAGGAGGCAACCCUUGCAGGUGCGCGCGAGAUGACAGCGGCUCCAUUGGCGGCCCCUGUUGCUGCCGCAGCAGUCUCGGCUGCACCAGCCGUGCCCGUGGCAAAGGCUCCUGAGACUCCUGCUCAGCCCGCUACUCUGCAGCAGCGCGGAGAGGCCAUCUUCGACUUGGCGGCGGAGACGGCACGGCGGAUGCAGGUGCAGUACGAGGCCAAGGUGGCGGCCAUCAAGGCCGAGGGCGAACGCCGCAAAGAAGAGGAGCUGCGCCGCCGCCAGCAGCGCUACGCAACCAUUGACCGCCUGCAGGCAGCCGCUGCCAACCAGGCAAAAUUGCCUGCCGACACCUUUCAGGAGAGUUCACAGGGCCCUCUGGCACGGCUGAUGGGCCUGUUGUUUGCGCUGUGGGCGUGGCUGAAGGAGCGCUUUGGCAGCCUCUUCACCCACACCAGCAACAGCAGCAGCGCUGCCAGCGCCUGA